AUGGAUCCCAGCUUGUUGAGGGAGCGAGAGCUCUUCAAGAAACGGGCCCUCUCCACCCCCGCGGUAGAGAAACGUCCAGCGCCCUCUUCUGACUCCUCCUCCAAGAAGAAGAAAGCAAAGGUAGAACAGAGUGGCUCCUCGAGCUCCAAGCAGAGCACAGAUCACAGCAAUGGAUCAUUUAACUUGAAAGCCCUUUCAGGAGGCUCUGGCUACAAAUUUGGAGUCCUUGCUAAAAUAGUGAAUUAUAUGAAGACCAGGCACCAGCGUGGAGACACUCAUGCAUUAACCCUGGAUGAAAUUUUGGAUGAAACACAGCAUUUAGAUAUUGGACUCAAACAGAAACAAUGGUUAAUGAGCGAGGCUCUAGUCAACAACCCCAAGAUAGAAGUUGUAGAUGGCAAGUAUGCUUUCAAACCCAAGUACAACUUGAAGGAUAAAAAGGCUCUGCUCAGGCUCCUGGACAAGCACGACCAGCGAGGACUGGGAGGAAUCCUCUUAGAAGAUAUUGAGGAAGGGCUGCCCAAUGCCCAGAAAGCUAUAAAGGCUUUAGGGGACCAGAUCAUCUUUGUGAAUCGCCCUGAUAAGAAGAAGAUUCUUUUCUACAAUGACAAGAGCUGCCAGUUUUCUGUGGAUGAAGAAUUUCAGAAGCUGUGGAGGAGCAUCCCCGUGGAUUCUAUGGAUGAGGAGAAGAUUGAAGAGUACCUGAAACGCCAGGGCAUUUCUUCCAUGCAGGAAACGGGACCAAAGAGAAUAGCUCCUAUUCAGAGGAGGAAGAAACCAGCUUCUCAGAAGAAACGUCGGUUUAAGACUCACAAUGACCACUUGGCUGGAGUGUUGAAAGAUUACUCUGAUGUUGUUCCUGGCAAGCAGUGAGCAGUUGCAUUCUGGAGCAAACAGGCCUUUCCAGACGGGCUUUUUGCCACUCGGCGUCUGCUCCCAGAGACACUGCCUGUAUAUAGUAAUGUGAUGUGUCUCCCCACCCCAGCCACUGCCAAGAUGAAACAGGUUGGUUUCAGAGGGGGGAGGAACGACUACAUUUAGAGUUUCAUUUCAUUAGCCAAUGGGAAAUGUGUCUAAGGUUCUCACUAGUGGCCUCUUGGCCCAGGGUGAUCAACGGUGCUCGGCACGUGAUGCGGGAGUUCCCGUUCAGUGCUGAACUCUGCUUUUACCCUGCUCCAGGGGUGUUUACCUGGAGUGAUGUA